UUUUUGCAUCAAGAGAGUGACAGUUAAUUAGCUAUACUCAUGGCUUCUACUACUGUCUCUUCAACAUUUGAGCUCUUGUUUAUCUCUUCUCUUUUGCUUUUUUCUCAAUUCUUUGUCUCAGAAGCUCAAGGACUUCCUCCUGUAGUAAAAGGGCUUUCAUGGACAUUCUUUCAAUCUAGCUGUCCAAAAUUAGAAUCCAUUGUUAGGAAGAGACUCGAGAGAGUUUUUAAGGAUGAUGUUGGCCAAGCUGCUGGCUUGCUUCGCCUUCAUUUCCAUGAUUGCUUUGUCCAAGGAUGUGAUGGUUCAGUAUUGCUAGAUGGAUCAGCAGGAGGUCCUAGUGAGAAGACUGCAAUACCAAAUUUGACACUAAGAAAAGAGUCAUUCAAAAUCAUUGAUGAUCUUCGAGAAAGAGUGCAUAAGGAGUGUGGAAGAAUUGUAUCUUGUUCUGAUAUUACAGCCCUUGCUGCGAGGGAUGCAGUUUUCUUGACUGGUGGCCCAAACUAUGUUGUACCAUUGGGAAGAAGAGAUGGACAAAACUUUGCGACAGAACAAGCAACCUUAGACAACCUUGUUGCACCAACAGCCAACACUACAACCCUCCUCGCUCGCCUUGCAGCUAAGGACUUCGACCCCACCGAUGUCGUCGCCCUCUCCGGGGCCCACACCAUCGGAAUAAGCCACUGCACUUCCUUCACGGAGCGUCUAUACCCUAACCAAGACUCCACCAUGGACAAAACAUUUGCCAACAACCUUAAAACCAGUUGUCCAACUGCGAACUCCAACAACACUGUCAACAUGGAUAUCCUAAGCCCUAACGUUUUCGACAACAAGUACUACGUUGAUCUCAUCAAUAGGAAAGGGCUUUUCACAUCGGAUCAAGAUUUGUUCACGGAUAGAAGGACUAAGAACAUUGUCACAAGCUUUGGUGCGAAUCAGACACUUUUCUUUAACAAGUUUGUGAAUGCCAUGAUUAAGAUGGGACAGUUGAAUGUUUUGACUGGCGGACAAGGUGAAAUUAGGGCUAAGUGUUCUGUGAGGAACAAGGAUAAGUUGUUGGCUGCUGUUGUCGAAGGGUUGGAGAAAACCUUGGCUGCUGCACUUUAAGUUAAGUAACUUGUUUUUAGUCUUUUGUUAAUGUGUUUCUUGUACGUAAUAAUUAGAAGCCAAAUGUUUCCAUGAUCUGCCGAAUACGGGCAUGACAUGGCAUGGCGUUGCUGUUGUUUUUUUCUGUAAUUUUGUUUUUGUUUAAAUAUAUUGAAUAUGUUAUUCAAA